AUGGAUCUCGAUCCUCAGGGUAAAAUAGAUGUGGAAUAUUUAAACCUCCGUAUGGAUCAAUUUGCUACGAUUCAACCUCACGACUCACCUAUUGGGUUGUACGCGAUUGUUAAGAAUGGCCAGGAUAUACAAGUUAAAAAGAAUGCUAUGACUCUGUUGAUACAAAACUAUAAACAUCUUGUACCACGAUUCCGUUCAAAUUCUUCGGUGUUGAUAAUAGUUAAUGAAACUAAUAUCCGUCAUAGUGGUACGUACUCCGAACAAUCAGAAUUAACACCACCAUUGGAAUCCUAUCUUUAUUCUGAUAGUAGCGAUGAUAUACUAGUACCAAUUGAGAACUCCAUAAUAUCAGAUGUCACAGAAAAUGCAUCUAUUAAUUCAAUUAGUAAUUUCCCCAAGUAUCUGGUGGAUAAUGGUACAGCAGCAGGCGAUACUGAAUCUACCUCUAAACAAUUGAAGAGACAAAUAGAUAAUUUGGCCUAUGCAGUGUUUAUGUUAAAGAAUAAAGUUACCAAGUUAUUACAAUAUUAUGAUUCCAUAACCAACACUAACAAUAACAAUAACAAUAACAACAACAACAACAACAACAACAACAACAACAAUAAUAAUAAUAUCACAUCCAAUAGAAACAAAAUAAAUAGAUUAACUGUUCAGUUGGCGAAUAAAAUAAAUGCUUUCCAAAGCCAACAACAAAAUCAAGAAAACCAGCAUAAUACGACUCAAUUACAAUUUUUACAAUUAAGUCUAUUAACAGAUCAAGUCCAAGCUUUAAGGAUGCUUCAAUCUCGAAUUAAAACCUUAAUGGCUCAAGAGGUUAUAACUUCUACGCGAUAA